AUGCAGCGGCGUGGUGAAAUAGAUAUGGCGACCGAGGGGGAUGUGGAGCUAGAGUUAGAGACCGAGACCAGUGGCCCAGAGCGACCUCCCGAGAAGCCACGGAAACAUGACAGCGGCGCGGCGGACUUGGAGCGGGUCACCGACUAUGCAGAGGAGAAGGAGAUCCAGAGUUCCAAUCUGGAGACGGCCAUGUCUGUGAUUGGAGACAGAAGGUCCCGGGAGCAGAAAGCCAAACAGGAGCGGGAGAAAGAACUGGCAAAAGUCACUAUCAAGAAGGAAGAUCUGGAACUGAUAAUGACCGAGAUGGAGAUAUCUCGAGCAGCAGCAGAACGCAGCUUGCGGGAACACAUGGGCAAUGUGGUAGAGGCGCUUAUUGCCCUAACCAACUGAUGUGUGCUUUCUUAGAUGUACCUACUGGAUUAAUUUAUGGCAAUAAAUUUUUUUUUGUCUUUUUGCAGUUUCA